AUGCAUACGUGUCCGUUGCAUUGGAGGCAGGGUUACGCCGAGGGGUUAGCCAACACUAUUCCCAUCCUCGCUCGGCGAUACGGCAAUUUGGUCCGUGCAAAUCCUUUCAUCUCACCCGUGGAGCUCAAAAGAAUGCUCGAGGGUCAUGGAAAGGUAGUGAUCCACUACUGGCAGGCUUGGCGGCUUCGAGAGUACAUCUUAAAGGAGCGAUAUGGAGAUUGGAAGGAGUCCUUUCGCCAGGUUCCGUGGCUUCUCACUCGUUUCACAGUCAUCGAUCCGGAAGUUCAAGUGCGGUUGGACACAUUAGAUCGGUGUUUCCACCGAUUCUACGUGCGUCCCUCUGCAGCACGGCAUGCGUUAAAUUAUUGCCGCCCGGUUGUUGCGCUCGACGGUACACAUCUCAUUAGUGCGCAGAAGGCUGUGCUGCUCAUCGCCGUCACCAUUGACGGGAACCAGGAGAUUUUGUUACUUGCAUGGGCCUUGGUGGAGUCGGAGAACAAGGACGCGUGGACCUGGUUUCUGAAGCUGUUCCUUGAGGGGUUCCCGGAGUGGGCGCAUAGGGACGAUGCCUCCAUCAUCAGCGAUCGCGAUAAGGGGUUGGUGCCGGCAGCAAGGGAGGUGAUGCCAAGCCACAUCCCCCAUUAUUUCUGUGCCUGGCAUCUGGAGCAGAACCUUAAGCGGUUCGGCAAAGCGGCAACAGCGUUCUUCUGGCGCUUGGUGAAGUGUCGGUCUGAAACGAAAUGGGUUGCGCUUGUCGGGGCCGCACGACAAGAUUUUCCUGACAUGGCCGCAUAUCUGUUCGGGCCUGUCCGGCAGCAGCCACAGCCACAACCCCAGCCGGCUCCUCAGGUCCCCCCUCCUGGAGCCCGGGCAACAUUUGAGGGGGCCAGGGAUUUCGUGUUCGCGGAUGCUCGCGAAGGGAGGAGGGCACAGCGAGGGCAGGAGCGUGGUGGCAACGCGAGAAAUGGUGGCGUCGACACCGCGCCCCAACCCGAAGGGAGUGGGUUCCCGGAGGGCAACACGUCCGCGUACAACAGGCGUGGCGGCGGUCUGGCUGGCAGGGGGGGGACGAAGGGGAUGGCGGAGCGGCUGCUUUUGGCAUCGGCCGUGGAGGGCGAGGACGAGCUUCAUCUGGACGUGGUCGCAGAGGGAGAGGCGGUGGCGUUGCAGGGGCAGGCCUUGGCAGGGGAGGUAGAGGAGUGCCCUCCGCGGGCGAUUGCGGAGGGCAGGGGGGUGCCGGAUCAGACUUCACGGGGGUUGGUGGUGGAGUACGGGAAGUGCCGCUCGGUGGGGCCGCCGGGGAGCAGGGGGAUGCCGGCGCGGGAUGGUCCGGCAUUGCAGGUGGAGGGAGGGGAGCCCCGCUUGGUGGGGCUCCUGGAGGGCAGGGGGGUGCCGGAGCAGGAUGGUCCGGCAUUGGAGGUGGAGGGAGGGGAGUCCCGCUUGGUGGGGCUCCUGGAGGGCAGAUGGGGGCCGGAGCAGGAUGGUCCGGCAUUGGAGGUGGAGGGAGGGAAGUCCCGCUUGGUGGGACUCCUGGAGGGCAGGGGGGUGCAGGAGCAGGAUGGUCCAGCAUUGGAGGUGGAGGGAGGGGAGUCCCGCUUGGUGGGGCUCCUGGAGGGCAGGGGGGUGCCGGAGCAGGAUGGUCCGGCAUUGGAGGUGGAGGGAGGGGAGUCCCGCUUGGUGGGGCUCCUGGAGGGCAGAUGGGGGCCGGAGCAGGAUGGUCCGGCAUUGGAGGUGGAGGGAGGGAAGUCCCGCUUGGUGGGACUCCUGGAGGGCAGGGGGGUGCAGGAGCAGGAUGGUCCAGCAUUGGAGGUGGAGGGAGGGGAGUCCCGCUUGGUGGGGCUCCUGGAGGGCAGGGGGGUGCCGGAGCAGGAUGGUCCGGCAUUGGAGGUGGAGGGAGGGGAGUCCCGCUUGGUGGGGCUCCUGGAGGGCAGAUGGGGGCCGGAGCAGGAUGUGCCCUCUGGGGGCGACGUGCAGCGAGCUCCAGCAUCUGUGCGUGAUAAUGGUUUGGCAUCAUGCUCCACGGGUGAUGGGAUAGGCGCUCUCACCACUGUGGGGAACCUGGGUGCACGAGCAUUUGACGUCAACACGGUCCUGCGACGUGCCCGGGAGUGGUACCGGGCAGAGGACAUUGACACGGGGAGGACCACGGGCACUCAGGGAUCAGAGAUGGGUGGGUUUACUGAGCACUUCCACCCAGCAUCGGCUCUUGCUCUGCCAUGGCCAGACUGCAGGCAGCGGGAGAACAUUCCUGCGCAAGGGCCGGACGAGCCAGCAUGUGAGGAUGAUCCGGUGCCAGUGGAUGCUAGGGAGGAUGGGGAUGAGGCGGCCGAUGGUGAGGGAGAACCCGGAAUACAUGUGCGCACCGGGUUCUAUCGUAACAGGCGCGGAUCAUCUUAUCGCAUAGGGGGAAUCAUGCUGCUGCACUGGGCCCGUCUUUUUGCGGUGACACUGCGUUUUGGCAUCUACACAAGCAACGCCGCCGAGUCCAUCAACAGCGCUGUCCGCGGCAUCCGAAUGCUGCCACCAACAUGGCUGCUGGCAUCCCUUUGGGAUUGGUCUCGCGACAAGUGGUACGAGAGGAAGGAGAAGGCGCGCUGCAGGGAUGAGUAUCUCACGGCUGCCGCAGCGAAACGACUGGACCAAAAGAAGCAGAGGUGCCAGGGGUAUUGGUUCAUCGGUGGGGACAACUCUGUGGGAACCAUCCAGACCAGGGGGGGGGAAAACGAGUUCCAGUGGCGGAGCUUCAACGUGAACCUCGAUGCCCGGACGUGCGAGUGCGGGAACUGGGAGGAGUACCAGUUCCCUUGUGCCCACGCCGUGGCAAUGUGCAUUCUGAAGCAGCGGAGUGUGGAGAUCCUUGUGUCUGAGUACUACACCACUCGCAAUCUUCGCCAGACAUACAACCGGGAUGUGAUGGGUACCUGUGUGGACCGGCUGAUUAUGGAGGCUCCACUGGCAGAAGUGGGCGAGUGCGAUGCACCAGCGCUGAUUGAGACGAGGGUUGGGAGGCCAGAGAAUCACACCCGGUUCGAGGCACCGCCGCACGCUUAUCGGUGUGGGCGAUGCCGACAGUAUGGGCACAACCGCAAAAGGUGCAAGUACAAGUACGGUGGGUACGGUCAGGCGCAGGCUGCGGUGGGGGAGGAGGUGGAGGAGGAGGAGGAGGAGGAGGAGGAGGAGGAGGAGGAGGAGGAGGAGGAGGAGGAGGGGGAGGAUGGAACUGGUACAGGAGAGCAUGGAGGGGGGCACCAGGCUGCCCCUGAAUGA